UGUAAUCUAAAAAUAAUUGACAAUAGCAAUGUUAGUUAGUUAGUUAUUUUUGUUGAUAUUGCACAACAUGACCUCAAAACACAUAACCUUCUUUGUUACUCUUGUUAUCCGCGAAAUUAGCAAGUUUAACCUGCCCAUGCUCUAAAUUUCACAGUUUACUGUAAACCCUUCAUAAUUACGUUAAUUGGAAUAAUAUAAAUAACUUUUUAAGAAUAUUAAAAUCUAUACGAAAAUAUGUCUGUUCAUUCUCAUCAAAGAAAGAAGCGGCGAGAAAAUCAGCAUAUGAGAUUUAGGAGCAUGGGAGAUCAUGAUGAGUUUCUACAAAGAAUCACCAAGACAUUAUAUUAUUCCAAAUUACCUGUCACCGAAAGAUUCAGUUUACCACUAUCAGAACUGGCUGUUGAAUUAUAUUCUGAAGUAAAAAUGGGUCGAAGUCUUGAAAGAUUACGGAUUGAGGAUGCUUCUGAUAUCAGCAGAAAUGCAUGCAUAUCUCCGUGUUCAUUGGUGUUAGCGGUCAUUUAUUUAGAGCAACUCAAAUCAACUAAUCCAGUUUAUGUUGAUAGAGUAGCACCUUCUGAAUUGUUUUUGAUCUCUCUUAUGGUAGCAUCGAAAUUCUUAAAUGACAAUGGUGAAGAUGAUGAUGUUUUGAACAGUGAAUGGGCCUCGUCUGCUAAUUUGUCUCUUUCUGAUCUAAAUAGACUUGAGAAAGAAUUCCUGAAUGCAAUAGAAUGGAAGGUAUUUGUGAAAGUUGACGACUUUUGGAAAAAGCUUCAUGCAUUAGAGACGAAGGUUGCACUGAGCGAAGGGAAGAAGAGAGGUUGGUUCUCGUACACUGAAUUGGAAAAACUUCUUGAUCAGCUCAACGCAUUCCUUCUAGCUCAAGCAGUCUUAACAAUAUCAGCUGUUUGCCUGGCGAGCUACACCGCAGGGAUGUUGACUGUUAUCGGUUCUACCAUGGUUGUAACUCAUCUAGUCUACAUACCGGCUCAACUUUCCAGUCUUCCUCUCGACUCAGCUGUUUGGCAAAGGGGCAGCAUACCGCCGAUUAGCCUCAAUGAACCUCAAGCGAUCUCUAAUGGUACCUUUGAACAUUGCUCUGAUUUUCGAUGGCUUCAAGAACUGACCUUACCUUAUAUUCCGCCAUUGGCAAGUACUGAUGAACCCUUAAUGAACGAGAAAAAUUCUUCUGAUUACAACAUUUUCGUCUCGACUCCGUACUACCUGCUCGGUUUCCAGCACCAUUGGAAACAGCCGGCUAUGUACCUCAUCAACAAGUAGCCGUUGCUGAAUAUUUUGCUGCAUAUUUUUUUAAUAUUAUUAAUAAAAUAAAAUGAUCUAGAUAACAAUGUUAGACAUCGAUGUUGCCUAGAAUAACGCAAGCCCAUUUUUUACAUUGUCAGGAAAUUAUUUACUUAAAAAAUGCAAUGUUGAUUAUAUUUUAUUUAGUCAACUUUAAAUAUUUAUAUUUUCUUUUUAACAAAGAUUUUUUAAAUGAAAAUUAAUUUAUUUGAUUCCUAAAUAAUGAAUUUAAAAUAGACUGGCAAAUGAAUAUAGAACAUCCUGACAUUAAUCAAAAAUGGGCUCAGUAUCGUAAAAUUAUGGCUGAAAAUUAUUUAUUUAUUGUAAUUGAAAAACUUAAUGAUAAAGUGAUAAUAUGGUUGUUGAUAUAAUUUAUUUUUUAAAUGUGAUCCUGAUUCGUGACUUUAUUGGCUCUGAUAUGUUUCAUGCUUAUUUGAUCUUGUGUUUUUUAAAACAUUGUUCUGAUGUGAUAUCAAUUCGUUAACAAUAGAAACUUAGAGGGAAAAAAAAUUUAUGAUAAAAAGAAAUGUGCUUUCAUUGGCUGUUAUUAAGUGAAUCAAAUAAGGCUAGUUGUGGAGUUAUAAAAAAAAAAAAUUGCAUCUCUUACCAGUGUUUCUACUUAUGUACGGUUAGAGAAUAUAUUUUUAUACAUAUUUUUUUAGUAUAAAAUAUGUGCAGUCUAAUAUGUAUAAUUAUUAACAUAUUAGAAUUGUUACUUAAGGGUUAAGUUCUUCCAAGUAUUUAAUUAAGAUGAAGUUAUGUUGUAUAUUAAUAAAACUAUAUUUAUAUAUUU